AUGUACAUUUACAUCUACAGGUCUAACUACAACAACUGGACCAGUGACCACUACUUCAACACUGCCAACUACAACAACUGUACCAGUGACCACUACUUCAACACUGCCAACUACAACAACUGGACCAGUGACCACUACUUCAACACUGCCAACUACAACAACUGGACCAGUGACCACUACUUUAACACUGCCAACUACAACAACUGGACCAGUGACCACUACUUUAACACUGCCAACUACAACAACUGGACCAGUGACCACUACUUUAACACUGCCAACUACAACAACUGGACCAGGGACCACUACUUCAACACUGCCAACUACAACAACUGGACCAGGGACCACUACUUUAACACUGCCAACUACAACAACUGGACCAGGGACCACUACUUCAACACUGCCAACUACAACAACUGGACCAGUGACCACUACUUUAACACUGCCAACUACAACAACUGGACCAGGGACCACUACUUUAACACUGCCAACUACAACAACUGGACCAGUGACCACUACUUUAACACUGCCAACUACAACAACUGGACCAGGGACCACUACUUUAACACUGCCAACUACAACAACUGGACCAGUGACCACUACUUUAACACUGCCAACUACAACAACUGGACCAGGGACCACUACUUUAACACUGCCAACUACAACAACUGGACCAGGGACCACUACUUCAACACUGCCAACUACAACAACUGUACCAGUGACCACUACUUCAACACUGCCAACUACAACAACUGGACCAGUGACCACUACUUUAACACUGCCAACUACAACAACUGGACCAGGGACCACUACUUCAACACUGCCAACUACAACCACUGGACCAGUGACCACUACUUCAACACUGCCAACUACAACAACUGGACCAGUGACCACUACUUUAACACUGCCAACUACAACAACUGGACCAGGGACCACUACUUUAACACUGCCAACUACAACAACGGGACCAGUGACUACUCAGUCUACAGGUUUAACUUCAACAGCUGAACCAUUGACUACUGCAUCUACGGUUCCGACAGAUUGCCAGAAUGGAGGAUAUCCCAAUGGUACAAAAUGUAUCUGUCUAACAGGAUUCCGCGGAGAGUUCUGCGAGCUUUUCUCAGAUAAUGUCAAACCAGAUGUGGUUAAUACAACGGUGAUUGUUGAGAUGGUGGUGGACCAGGAUUAUAAACAAGCAUAUGAAGAUAACAACUCACCAGAAUACAAAGACUUUGUGAAGAACUUUACAGCACAGAUGACUUCAUACUAUAUAAAAAAGGACAUAUCGAACUUCACAGGUGUGAUUGUUACAAAAGUGAGUCGUGCGGUUUCCUUUGUUAGGAGUUUGAGAAGUAACGGAGUGAAUGUAACGCAUGAUGUUUUGCUGUCGAUACCAAAUAAUGCUGUCUUUGAGAGAAAGUAUGGAAAGAUUGUUAUUGAAAUCGAGAAGGCGGUUGGUGCCCUUAAUAACUGCACUGAAGGUAAGAGCCAAUGACGACGUCCAUAACGCAAACGGCCAUCUGAGUUC